AUGGAGAAAUACAAAAAGAUAAAUUCGAAUCAUCAAAAAAAUGCCAAAUCAAAAAGUUUACCAGAAAAUAUAAUACCAGAGAUAUUUUUUGAUAAUAAUAUUGCUUGUAGUGACAGUAAUUCUGAUUUCGAGGAUUUAUCAACUGAAACGCAAGAAAUGAUAGACGAGUUAGAAAAAAAUGUUGUUGAAUUGGCCAAAUCACAAGAGCAGAUUAAUCAACUUUAUUUACCACGAGAAAUUGUCAGGUUAAACGAUGUUAUAAUUCCAGAAGAGGAAUGUGAAGCUGAUAAUUUUCUAAGUGAUGCUACAUCCGACUAUUCUUUGGACGAGGAUGAAAAUGAACCUCGAUCUACGGCUGAUGAAAAUAAUGAUAAUAAAGACGAGAUCAUCAAUAACAAAGAAUAUGCUAAAACUUGGAAGCCUUAUACAUCAAAUUCAUCCAAGACAAUUGAUAUAGGCAUUAAAUCAGAUGAUACUAAUUCAAUCAAGAAUUUCAAUAGUUAUAAUAGCAGAAGGCUUUAUUUUCAAAAAAAAAAAGUUAUUAAUUCAUUUGUUGAUAGUUUUAGUCUAAAAGAUGAAAAUGAAAAUAAAUUUAAUUUAGGUGAUAAAUCUUUUGAAAGUACUAAAACUGACAGCUCUCAGAAAUUAGAUGAAAAACAAAAAUUAAAUAUUGAAACAAGCCCAAGAAGUCUUACUCUCAGUAUUAUGUCUAAUCAUGACAUUGAAAACGAAAUAGCAAAAAAUGAAGGAUAUAAUAUUGAUUCAAUAAUUUCCGGUAAAGUUUUACCAGAUAAAAUUCUAGUACAAAUUAUAUCAUUAGAUUUUAACAAACAGUUUGCAUCAAAUACAAAAACAAAGACUUCAAUUCGUCUUGUGAUUCAUUGCGUUACAUAUCAAACAAAGCCAAAUAUUUAUGAACAUGGAUUUUUAAAUGCCAAAAAAAAAAUUGGCCAUGGUAUUUUUAAAUUCAUUGGAUUAAAGCCAUUAAUUCCUAACAAAGAUGAGUUUAUUGUUAAAAUCCCUUUAGAAUCUAAUGGUCGUCAAGUUGCAACUGUUCAAAUUAGUAUAAAAUUUCAUUAUCCAAAUGAUCCCCCUCUCAUUUCAUCAACUUCCGAUACUCGAAAAACUCCCACACGUUCAAAUACUGUACCUCUGAGAUCUACAACAAAUCAAAAUAGAGAUGCCACCAUGACAAAAGGGAUUUCUUCUGAAAUAGAUAAUGCAGAUGAUACCGAAUUUGCUAAUGUAGUGGUAUAUCCUGAGUCAAUGUCUCUUGGUAUUCUUGAUAUGGUACUAAGUAAAGAGACUAGAGAUGCAAUUAAAGAAAUAACUGUUUUGUAUAAUACCUUCUUUGAUCACGGUUGGAGAUUAAGCAAAUUGGAGUUCUUAAAAGCAUAUAUGCUAUUGGAAAAAUACUAUACUCAAAAACCUAGCCCUGUCACAGGUAAAAUCUGUCAUGAUAUCGAUAAAAUCCAAUUAGCUCAAAAAUAUUUAAAGUAUUCUAUGGCCUCUUAUGGCUCAUUCUUAUUUAAUUGGUUUGGAUAUGGUCAUAAUAUGGCCCCAAUAAAUCGAAAAGCUAUUCAAGAAUUUUUCGGCCUUGAUAAAGAUGAUAUUAUUUGUUGGGAAUACGGUCUAAAUACUGUCUCUGUUCCUAACUAUAUGAUAAUAAGAGAUCCAGAGACAAAUAAUCUUAUAAUAACAAUACGUGGAACAAUGAAUGUUACAGAUGUAAUAACAGAUGCACUGGCUCGUUAUGAACCAUGGAAUGGCGGACUUGUUCACCGAGGUGUACUUCGUAGUGCUCAAUAUCUUGUCAAACGUUCACUUAAGAGUAUAAAAAAAGCUGUAAAAAAAUUUAAUUCGCGUGCUAUUCAAGUUAUAGGACAUUCAUUAGGUGCUUCAAUAUCUUCAAUAGUAACCCUUUUAUUGCAUGAGGAAUGUAAAAGUUUACUUGAAAAUGGUAUAGAAAUUCUUGCAUGGAAUUUUGCUACUGCUCCAUGUUGUUCACUAGAUUUGGCAAAAAAACCCGAAGCAAUGAAUUACAUUAAUAAUUUUAUUAAUGAAAAUGAUGUAAUUCCACGAUUAAGUUAUGGAAAUCUUAUGGAUUUUAAAGAAUUAGUCAAGUUUGCUGCGAGUGAAUUGAAAAAUGAAAACUAUAAAAAGUUCAAUUCUAGUGAAAAAUUAUCCAAAAUUUUCACCUCAAUUGACAAAUAUCGUACUUCUUUGAAAGCAAAAUCUUCUGAACAAAAAUUAUAUAUUCCGGGAACCAUUUAUUAUCUUUAUAAAGGCUUUCAUAGAACUCAUGUUAAAUCUUCAAUUGCAUUUUAUACAAAAGAUAUUGUAUGUGAGAUUUCCACGCCAAAUUUAUUUACAGAUAUCUGUCUAAAAAGAAAUUGGCUGUUCCAUCAUUUCCCUGAUAGAUAUGAUAAAAAAUUCCAAGGUGUAGUGAAAUUUUUGACAAGAAAAUCGAGUGAAAAUGAUAAAGGAGCUUCGAAAUUUUGGAAUAAAUGGAAAAGAAUGAAAGAAGCUGAAUACAUUGUUGAUGAAGGUGGUAGAAUGGAAAAAUGGAUGUCAAGGAGUGGUCAUAUCUAG